AUGGCUCUAAAUAUCGACUAUGAGGCUGUUCCGGGGACGGAGCAGCUCAUUGAUGCAAACAACAAAGCGGAGGCGUUUGCCCACGUCGAUGAAUCCGAUAUCGUACUUAUCCCUCAGCCGACUGCCUGUGGGGGCGAUCCACUGAAUUGGCCACGAUGGAAGAAGUACUAUCAAUUGUUUCUCGUGGCGCUAUAUGCCUGUGCCUUCUCCUUUGGCGAGAAUACUCUGGGAGCGGCAUGGACAACGGUCAGCAAAGACACCGGCGUUACCUUGACCAACAUGAAUGGUGGCAGCGCACUGAAUUACCUCCUACUCGGCUUUGUCAAUAUUUGGUGGAUGCCGACUGCCAACAUCCUCGGGCGUAGACUUGUUUAUCUUGCAACUACAGCUCUCUGUCUCGCAACAGGCUUUUGGCUCGCUGCGGUCCACGGGACAGCCCAAUGGAUGCUGAACAUGAUUGUCAACGGCGUUGGAACCUCGGCGUAUCAGGCCAUCGUGCAACUUGCUAUAUUCGACAUGUUCUUUGUGCACGAACGAGGAAGAAUGCUCUCAGUGUAUCUGUUUGCUCAACAGCUGGGUUCCAUCAUCGGACUCAUCACAGGCGGAAGCAUGUCCGACACUGUGGGCUGGCGCUGGAGUCAGCGAAUAGUCGGAUUGGGGUUCACCUUUGUGCUCCUCAUCUUCUUCUUCUCCUUCGAGGAGACCCUGUUCCCGCGGUUCUUGUUCUCCCAAAGCUCCUUCUCGCCCGUUCCCAUCAAUGAACUGGCGGACGGCGAGGUACCACAUCCGGAGCGUCAAGUCAGCAAAAGUGAAGUGGAGACGAGUGAACAUCGAGCAAGGUCCAGGGUCGGCACCGAACAAUUUCCCAGGCGAUCGUAUCUUCAGAUCCUCAAGCCGUGGGCUGGAUUCAUAUACGCGUUCGGAGCAACAGCGGGCAUUGUCUCGUUCAACACCAUCUCCGAGAUCCUCACGGAAGCGCCGUACAAUUUUAGCACGACCUCAACCGGCCUGGUCUUCUUCGCCGCGUUAGUCGGCAACAUCAUUGGGUAUGCCAUAGGUGUCACGAGCGACCACGUUGUGAUUGCUCUGUCACGACGGAAUGGCGGCGUCAAAGAGCCGGAAAUGCGGCUGUAUAUGCUCGCCCCAUGCUUCCUUCUAGCUGCUACUGGAUACAUGAUGUACGGAUGGGGUGCCCAGACGGAAGCGCACUGGGUAACUAUCGCGAUCGGCAUCGGGGCCAUGAUCUCGCACCAGGUUGGCGCCUGCACAAUCGCCACCGCAUACGCAAUGGAUUGCUUCCCAGGGAUUUCCGGUGAACUGGUUGUGGUUCUAGCCAUGUGCUCCUCAGCCGUCAACUUUGCAAUCUCGUACUCCGUUCAGCCCUUCAUUGAAGCAGCGGGCUACGGGUGGACAUUUUUCUUCUUCGGCUUGUGUGUGUUGGCCUCAGUGUUAAUGGCCAUUCCGCUGGUGAUCUACGGGAAACGAUGGCGCAUCGCCAAAGCACCUCGCUACUACCGCUUCUUGGAGGAGGUUGGCGGCUACACCGACUAG